GGAUCCCAAACGGAGAUUGGGGAGAGGCGACCACCGUUUCCUUUCCACGGGCGCGUCCCCCAAAUCCGGAACCCUCGCCAUGAAGCAGAAGUUGAUAUCCUUCAAGGACGAGUUCUCCUUCGGGGAGCGGCUCGCGGAAUCGAGAGACAUCGUUGCCAAAUACCCCGAUCGGGUGCCGGUAAUUGUCGAGAGGUUCUCAAGGAGUGAUCUUCCGGACAUGGAAAAGAGAAAAUAUCUGGUUCCUAAAGACAUGUCUGUUGGGCAAUUUAUUCACAUAUUGAGUAGCAGACUGCACCUCACUCCUGGAAAAGCACUUUUUGUGUUUGUUAAAAAUACCUUGCCGCAAACAGCCAGCCUCAUGGACUCCGUAUACGGGUCAUACAAAGACGAAGAUGGAUUCCUGUACAUGUGCUACAGUAGUGAAAAGACUUUUGGUUGAUUAUAGACAGCCAGUUGUCUUAAGAUAAUGCUGAAACCUGUACUAAUAAUUAAUACUUAAUGUGAACAGUGAUCUAUGAACAAUCAAGCAGACAUUUCAUUCUUAUUAUGUACAUAGAUUGCUUCAAUACGUGUAUAUUACUAAGGUAUAUGGAUUUAAAUGUAUAUGACGUACGUUGCUGGAU